GAAGAAACAAAGCCAGCACAGACAGCCUAUCUAGAAACCGGUAACGUUAACGUUAGCUACGUUUGAAUUAAAAACAUUACGCAUUAUCUACUUUUGCGUUUAUUUUCUGUACUUUUAAAACCGUCGGUGUAUUUUUUUAUACUAUGAUGUAUUUCUCUCUUCGUGGGCCAUUUUAGUUGGCUUCCUAGGCUAGCUAGCUAACUGAAAAACUAGUUUGAUUUAAAUUUUGAUUCUCAGUAUAAUUGCUGUAGCUGAGCCUCCGAAUGCUUUCCGUCUGAUUAGAUGGGAUGUCCGCAACAAUAAACCCUUUAGCAAACCCCAAAGGAGGGAAGAAAUUGUGUGAGCUUUGUCAAAAACCGGCUUACCUCCAAUGUACAAAAUGCCGCGUUACCUACUACUGUGAUGUAGCGCACCAGCAGGCAGACUGGAACAGCAUACAUAAUAAAGCGUGCGAGCUUCUGAUCCUCAUACGAUCACCUGCUCCCCUACACUCUUGGCAAACAGACAGAGAUCAUCACCACAUGCAGACUCAGAAGAGACUGGAGCAGCUAAUGGAGUUGUCCCAUGCAGAAUCUAAGAGGAGGGUGUCGGAGGGGAAGUAUGAGGAGGCAUUGCCAGCAGCUCAGCUCUCCCUGCGCUGUGCCAUGGAUGUUUAUGGCCCCAAUGCUGUGGAGCAUGUGCCAGCCUACCUGCUGCUUGCUGAGGCAAACAUGGGUUUUCUUUCUCAGGCUGAAGGCUAUCUCUCCAAGGCACAGUGGACAACGAUGAAGACUCUGGGCUGCAGUCAGGUAAUUCUUCAUCAGCUGCACCGGACCCUGGGCCGUCUGUACACCGCCACCGGACGCUACCGUUCAGCCCUGCUGCACUUUGCCAAUGAUAUAUUUCAUGCAAGCGAGGAGUUUGGCUUAAAUAGUGUGGUAUCGGCAGGAGGCUAUUUCCUGAUGGCAAAUGUCUUUGUGAAGGAAGAGAAGCCGGACAUUGCCAUCUCGCUGUAUUCACAGGUCACCAGUAUCUGGCACAUGCACCUGUCUAAGAUGGUGGAGCACUACAGUCAGAGGGGCACUCAAGGAGAGCAACACUUUGAUGAGGCACAGCUUGCAGAAGUGGAUCAGAUGUUGAAUGUGAUGUUGGAAGCCCAGCAGCAGGGUGUGAACACCCAUCAGAGCGCCAUGCUGUCUCACUCUCUUGGUCAGAGUGCGUUGUUGUCUCACUCUCUUGCCAUGUUUUGGUUCCUUUGCAGAGACCACAGUAAGGCGUUGGACUUUGGCAGGAAGGCUGCAGAGUUUAGCCGGCAGUGUGAGGAGCAGAACAGUCUGGCUGAGUCUAUCCAGAGUCUCAUACAAGAAGUAGAAAAACACAUCACCAUACAACAAAUACCUACCAUUCAGCAAUAACCAAUACAUUCAACACCCACAUACCAAAACAUGCCUUGCAAAGUAACCUGUACAAUCAGUAAACACCUCUGAGUCAGUGCUAACCAUAAUACACCAAGUACUCGGGUGCACCCUCAAUUUGGAUCUGAAUGCAUCACUCGUGAAAACUCCCAUGUGUUCAAUAAAAAUUUAUAUCCAAUAUAUUUCUGUAUCCCCUAAAUAUCAAUCUUUUUCUAUAGGUUCAUAUAGUUAUUCAUAUAGUUAUGGCUGUCCAGUUCCUCUGCAGGAUCUCCUUAUACGUUUAAUAGUAGUUACCCUGGUGUCAGUAUAUUAUUAUAAAUUAGAAUGGGAAGUGGUCGUAAAUAAACACGGGCCCUGUUUUCAUGUCUGGACAUUUUUAAAAUGCUUAUUAUGACUCCUACUACUCUUUUUAGUUUUUUUUUUGUUUGUUUUUGUUUUUUUGUUUUUUUUCUCAUUCAGGAGGAACAAAAAGAAGGAAGAGGCAAAUAAGUGGUUUACACCUAUAGUCUUUGUUCACAUCCCUUUACAUCCUGGAGAGCAACAGAACCAAAGUGUUAGCAGCAAUUAAACUGACAUCAUUUUACAUUGUUGUUACCCAGUGAGUAUAACCAAUCUCUGCCUCUGUCAGUCAUAGUAAUGAGCCUGCAAGUAAUUUCUCUGCUGCAAGUCCUAUUUGAUCCCAGUUAAAACUAGAAGAACAUUUUUAUGAUCAUGCCAGUUUAAUACUCAGUGCUCUGAAAUCUUGCCUCACCCUUUAAUAUCAGGUGAGGGUUUGGAGUAAGACAGGUUUGGGGAAAGCAAUAAACAGGCAAAGCAACUGAUGGCUCUGAUUACAGUGAGUGUUAGUGUCUCUGGUUGCUUGAUUAUGGUUCACUCCUAUGAAAGGUGAUGGAAUGAAGGAACACAUCACAGAAUACAACAAAUCACAACAUGGGGUGUGAUGUGAUGGUGAAUGUGUGUAUGCAUGUGCUUUAGCUGUUAACCAUUGUUAGUUAAACUGCUCCAUUUAAAUCCACAUUCACAGUUCCCCAACCAACCAAGAUUCAGGCACACAAACCAGUUUUAUCCUUAAAAAUAAACCAUUAAAAAACAAAAACACUGAACAUGAUAAACAAGGGAAAAGGUACAUGUUGACCAUCAGGGUACAAGCAUUUUUUGUUUAUUUAUUUUUAAAUAGAUUAAUUGGUCAGUCAGUUGGUUGGUUGGAUGUUGAACAUUAUAGGCAAAGUACGGAUGGAUGUCACAUGUGACAGGGGAGGGAUGUAAUCCAGGCUGCUUCCCUGAGUUUAAUCUGAAUUCAGUCUCAAUGUAAACUAUAACAAAAGUUUUAUCCAAGUCUCAGAAGUCUCAUUUCUAAGAUACAACUGUUUUCAGCUUAUCAGCACUACAAAUUAUACAUAAAUGUAAACUGUUUUUUUUCUGAAUGUUGUGGCCUGUAAACACAAUGUAAACUGUAAACAGAGUUCAUAUUAUAAAUUUGGUCCAUAUUGAAAAUGAGCUGCAGUGUUAUGUAGAUUAAGACUCAGUGUGAAAAUGAAUUCAGUCUGGAUGUAAACUCCAUCCAGACCUGUGCUAAAUCCAGAAACUAGGUUGUGAAAUGGCAGACAGAGCUACUGCAGGAUGCUUCAAGUUACCAAAAGUAGAUGGCAUGCUAAUACAUUUUAACGCCAUACACAAGACCUUAACUGACCAACUUGCUUAAAAAGAAUGGUAGUUCAGCUCAUUGUCCUCUAGAAAAUUGUUUUUCUAUCAGACUACGCCGCCAAGAUGAACUCAGAGAAGGCCUAGCACCCAUUGAGUUUUAAUGUUUUAUUGUAGAUUUUGUACAAAUAAACUGCAAAAAGACAGCUUAAAGGUUUGGGCAAAAAUUUCAGCUGCUGUGGAAUGCAAAACCUAAUUCACAUCCACACUAUGUAUACUUGUUCUACAUAAUUUGCUGCUUAGGUGCUAAAAAUCAGAAUGGGAAAGUUGGGUGUGCCACAUGUUGUACACACACAUUUCAACUUGUAUUUACAAGACAAGUGAAUGAAUACUUGGCAAUGAAAGCAGAUUAAAAUUUUCAAGGUAUAUUUUAAAUGCACCUUGUAUUUCUGCUUGUGUCACUUCUCCUUGCAGAUUUUAUAGGACCAGAGUGACUUAAUGUUCCUAUUUAAAAUGGGGAACAGCAGAUUUUCUAAAAUGACUGCCUCA